AUGAAAACUCUAGAUCUUCUAUUGUAUCAAUAUUCUCUAAUGGUUCAAUGCUUCUACAUUUGGACUCUGACUGACAAAUAAUAAUUUUAUGCGGUAUCGUUUACUGGAACAAUGUAAAGUUUUGAAUAGGAAGAAAUUAUGAUGUAUGGAAUCUGGAGCAGAUUCACUCCUUUAAGUACAAUUUCAUAAACAGGCCCUAUUGGAAUAUUUGACAGUCAUUGUUUCCAUUUGAAUUCAGCAUUGGAAAGUGAAAACAAAAGGAUCAAUUUCAUGUAUUACGAUUGCAUUAAUAAAGAACAAAUGGUUGUGAGCAAAUUUAUUUAAUUUAUAAGUAAAGAAGGAAAAUAAUAUAAAUUUGAAAUUAUAUUGGAUUCAAUGAAAUACGAGUAUUAUUGGUAUUUUUUUGCUAUUCACUUGCAACCUCAUUAGAAUAGUUUUACGUAUUAUUUACUUUAAGGAGAAAGCAUAGUAGAUAUUCAAUCCUUACAGAUCUAAUUUCCUUAUUUAGAUGAAAAACUUAUUAUUGUGUUUGGAGGUAGUUUAAUAAUAGAUGAUCAUCAAAUUCUUCAAGUUAAAGAUACCUCAAAACUUUCAUAUUUUCCAGGUGAAAUUACUUUAUUAGAGCAUUAAAAAGGGUAUUUCGAGAAAUUAGAUAUAGAUAUAAUAAGUUACAUAUAAACUACGUUUGAUGGGACUUGCCAAUGCUAUGAAAAUUAAAUUAAGAAUCUGGUUGACGUAGAUAUUGAUUGGUUGGAUUAUAAAAUAUUCGCAUCUGCAAAUGAAAAUUGUGAUACUUUUGCAUUUUAAACUUGGAUUAAAGUUUAAUAAAUAGUUUCAGAUUAAACUGAAUUUUUGUAUUAGCUAUUUAAACUAUCAGGUAAUUUUGAAAAUCAAUAAUUAAGGGAUGAUAAUUUAUCUGCUCUCUAAAUAUUUUACAAAUUUUCGAAAGAAAUUUAUUAAAUAAAAUUUACAACAUAUAGUUAUACAAUCCCAUAUUACAAUUUAGAUUUCUCUAAAAAUCCAUUUUUGAAUGAGUAUUUAUAUGAUUUACCUAAUAUCUAUUUAUGGCAAUUUGUGACUGUAAUCUUAAAAAACAAUAUCAUUGAAAUGAAGGUCACCUUAUUUGAGGGUAAGAAUUAACAUAUUUUUUUUCGCUCCUAACUGGUUAACUAAUUUCAUAUUGUAUAAUACAAAUUAUAAUAUGGAAAUAUCUUGCAAUCUUCUAACAAUUAUUUAAAAGUGUAAUUGAGGGGAUCAAAAUUUUUUAAUUGUGUCUCGGAUGAUCAGGUGAAUUAAGAAAUAAAUUGCCAUUUCAGUUGCAAAGACUGUGAUGGCCCCACUAAUUUAGAUUGUUUAUCUUGUCCCGAAACAUCUAGACGUAUUUAUAUUCCAACACAUAAGGCGUGUAUCUGCCCUUAUGACACAAUUGAUGAUGGGGAUUGUAAAGAUUACCAAAGUUUGAAUCUGAUAAUGUAACAAGAUUUUGAAUAAAAUUGUAAACAAGGGUAUUUUGAAUAUAGAUCAUAUUGUUAUAAAUGUCCUUCUAUCAUAAGGGAUAAUUUGAUUACUUGCCUUGAAUGUAUUACAGACCCUAAAAAUUGGAUGGAUAAUCCUUAUUGCCAGACUAAUCUAUUUUUAGACGAUGUCGGAAGUCCAGCUGAAUUCAUAAAGGAUCUCAGUUAAACUUAUUAUAUCUUUGACGGUGAUAAUUUAAAGGCAUGCAAUCAUAAAUAAAAUAAGAACUUAUAAACCAUUGAUGAAGUAUUUGAAGACUAUCAGUUAGAAACUAAUGAAAUACUUUCUAUUUGUUCAAAUUCAAAAGAUCCUUAAAAAUGUUUACCUUGUAAUUUUAUCGGUUGUGCGAUAUGUGGUGUUAUUUCAACAACGUAGAUCUGUUUGCAAUGUGAUUUUGGUUAUGAUUUGAGAGAUGGAUUAUGUGUAGAAUUAAUAAUGGGGUAAAUGGAAUAAGAAAAAUGUGUUGCUCCAUAUUAUAUUACUUCAGAAAAGAAGUGCCGCCUAUGUUAAAUAGAGAACUGUUAGUAUUGCUUUGAAUAUGAAAGCAAUGACUUAACUUAUUGCACACUAUAUAAGGACUUUUAAUACUUUAAAAUUGAUGAAUUCCAUAAAGUUGGAUGUGCAUUGUGUUAGGAAGGCUUUAUUUUUGAUUUUGUCUAAGGAGGAUGCCAUUAUUAAAAACCAUAAACAAUUAAUUGUUUGCGAGCUUUUAAGGAUUUAUAAAAUAGAGAGAUUUGCACAUUAUCUGCAGUGGAUGAUUUUAAUAUUGCACCUGAAAUAAUAAAUUGUCAAAAAUAUAUCUCAAAUUGUAAAUAAUGCUAUUAAACUACAUUAUCUGUUAUUAAAUGUAUUAUUUGUGAAGAUGGCUAUUCAAGCUCGAUUAUUACUGGUCAUUGCUAGAAAUGUAAUUCUAACUAUGCCAAGUAUUGUAUAGAGGGAGAUUUUUACAAGUUAGAUUCAUGGAUGUAGUUGCUUUAGAGCUUCUUAAUGUAGUUCUUGCCAAAUAGAUAUAUGUAUUCUGAAUCCAUAUCGAUAUUCACUAAUUAUGAUUUACCAAUAAAAUGCAUGGAAGGAUAUGAGCUCAAUAAGUUUUUUUGCAAGAAAUAUUGUGACAGCAAUUGUUCUGUUUGCAAAAAAAUGGGAAAUCCUUAAGAGGGUUUUUAAUGUGCGAAAUGCUUCUUAAAUUAUUAUAUGGAACCAGUUAGAGUCAGGGAUUAAGGAAAAUGUAUUGCUUGUGCACAACUAUGUUAGGUGUGCCAACCUAGAACGACAGAUGAGAUUGAAAGAAUUAAUCCAUUGUUUGUUAAUAAAUUGGAAUAUUCAACCUAUACUAUGAAAUGUAUUAAAUCUAUUCCUCAUCCAAAUAUCUUUUUGGAUCCUUAUAUUCAGAUAGCAAAAUAUUGUUACAAUCAAUAAUGUAACUCUUUUUUUUAAUAUUAAGUAACAAUACUUUUAAUUUUAGAUUGA